AUGUCAGCGAUGGAGCGAAGUUGCGGGAGGCGAUCGCCCGACGAGGUGCGCCACCCUCACAUUGCUCUUAAUAUACUGGGACAGUGUCACAGUAGCGCCUGUGUAGAACUGGGAAAUACACGUGUCAUCUGCGCGGUUCACCACCCGCAGCAGCUUGUGGAUGAGUACCGCGGAAACCGAGGGCGUGUCGCCUGCACUGUGCGAAGAUCCACUGCGGCGAGCCACCACGCGCCAACUUUUCGGACCAUCGUGACGCCGGAAAAAGACAUGGCGCUCGCCCUGGAAGGCGUGGCGGAGCAGGUAGUGGUGUUGGAGAAGAUCCCACAGCUGUUGGUGGAGGUGGUUGUGGAGAUUCUGGCGGAAGAUGGGGGCUUGUGGAAUGCUGUGGCAAUAAGCAUGAGCGCUGCCUUGGCAAGUGGGGGUUUUGAUAUGUACGAUGUGUUCUCGGCGUGCAGCUCCGCCCUGCUCCGUGACGGCGCCAUGGUGGCGGACCCUGACGGGGCGGAGGGGUCGAAUGCCCAGGCCACGGCUGUUGUUUGCGUGAUGCUAAACUCGGGAGACAUUUGUUAUUCUUCGCACCAAGGUGCGUGCGAGCCUGGUACCGUAUCAGAUCUCCUAUCUUCGGCUAUGAAAGGCGCCCUGUCCCACCGGGCGGCGAUCUCGGCGCAGCUGGGCAAUCAGGAGGUGUUGUGA